AUGUUGAAAGCCCAAAGGAUAUUUACCUGUGAAUAUUUAGCUGCACUGAACGCAGUUCAAAGCAGAAACUUUGCUACCAAGAAGAUUAUCGCGAUCCGCAGGGAAGAUCAGAGCGUGUGGGAAAGACGUGCGCCCUUUUCUCCAACUCACGUGCGAAAGCUUGUCAAAAAUGGCAUCAAGGUUAUCGUGCAGCCGUCCAAUCGCAGAGCCUACCCGAUGCAAAACUAUUUGAACGCAGGCGCAAUAGUUCAGGAAGACAUUUCCGAGGCAAACGUUAUAUUUGGAGUGAAACAGGCUCCAAUAAAUCAACUGAUUCCUGACAAGACGUAUUGCUUAUUUUCGCACACAAUCAAGGCGCAAGAAAGCAAUAUGGCACUUUUAGACGCCAUCCUAGAAAAACGCAUCCGGCUUAUUGAUUACGAGAAACUAAUGGACGAAAAAGGUCAACGAGUGGUUGCUUUCGGCAAAAUGGCUGGAAUAGCCGGAAAAGUCAACGUUUUGCACGGCUUGGGACUCAGAUUGCUUGCUCUUGGCCAUCACACGCCCUUUAUGCACAUCGGACCUGCGCACAACUAUCGGAACACCAGUAUGGCCAGACAAGCUGUGCGCGACGCCGGUUACGAGAUAGCUUUGGGACUGAUGCCAAAGUCGGUGGGACCGCUAACGUUUGUGUUCACUGGAUCUGGCAACGUGUCACAAGGUUCCCAGGAAGUGUUCCAAGAACUUCCUCACGAAUACGUCUCUCCGGAAAUGCUUCAGAAAGCCGCUGAGCAUGGUAGUCUGACAAAAGUGUACGGCUGUGAGGUUCGGCGGCGGCACUACUUGGAACGUGCAGACGGCGGCGGAUUCGAUCCGGUGGAAUACGAAGAACAUCCGGAACGAUAUAUAUCAACAUUCAGCAAAAAAAUCGCUCCCUAUGCAUCUGUUAUUGUGAACGGCAUCUACUGGGCCGUGAACAGCCCCAAAUUGUUGACUAUUCCGGAUGCCAAACAUCUUUUGAGGCCUGCGCAUACGCCCUGGUUGCCAACUUCUAUAGGAGCUCCGGCACUCCCACACCGAAUGCUAGCCAUCUGUGACAUAAGCGCCGAUCCGGGCGGUUCCAUUGAGUUUAUGAACGAGUGCACCACCAUCGACACGCCAUUUUGUUUGUACGACGCCGACCGGAACAAGGACACCAAUAGUUUCAGCGGCGCAGGCGUACUCGUGUGCAGCAUCGACAAUAUGCCUACUCAGAUACCUCGGGAAAGUACCGACUUUUUCGGCGACCUGUUGAUGCCAUUCACUCAGGAUAUUAUCCAAUCAAAUGCGCAGGAACCGUUGGAGCAGCACCAUUUUAAUCCGGUUGUGCAUGGAGCCAUUAUAGCUAGCAAUGGAAAACUCACACCUAACUAUGAGUACAUCCAAGAACUGAGGAAAAGCCAGUCCAGAAGCAGACACAACACGUCAGUAGAAAGUAACAACAUGGAAAAGAACGUCCUGAUUUUGGGAGCUGGCCGAGUAGCAGCUCCUCUGGUGGAAUACUUGAACCGGGAUAAAACCAUAGGAAUAACCGUUGCCUGUGAAAACGCCGACCUAGCAGACAACCUAGCCAGAACCUAUUCCGGAGUGGAAAGCACCUACCUUGACGCGAUGGACUCCAGCAAUUCGUCGAUGGAAGAGCUCAUAGAUAAAGCUGAUGUUGUCGUCAGCAUUCUACCGGCCAACAUGCAUCCUCGCGUUGCCAAGUUCUGCAUCAACCAGAAAACCCAUAUGGUCACUGCUAGCUAUAUGAGUAAAGAAAUCAAAGAUCUAAACCAAGCAGCCCAAGCCGCGGGCGUCACAGUCCUUAACGAAGUAGGUCUCGAUCCAGGCAUUGACCACCUACUGGCCCUUGAGUGCAUCCAGGAGGCGCAAGCGUUGGGAGGUCGCGUGACUUCCUUCGAAUCCUUCUGCGGAGGCCUUCCAGCACCGGAGUUUAGCGCCAACCCGUUGAGAUACAAAUUCUCCUGGUCACCGAGAGGGGCAUUACUGAAUACCCUGUCAUCUGCUAGGUAUCUCCGUAAAGGUCAAAUAGUGGAAAUCAGCGAAGGUGGAGAGCUGAUGCGCGCAACGAAAACAUUGGAUUUCCUUCCAGGAUUCAAUUUAGAAGGAUUUCCGAAUAGAGACAGCACGCAAUACGCCAAAUUGUAUGGAAUUGAAGAGGAUGCCAAUACAAUUUUGAGAGGCACAAUACGUUACACUGGUUUCUCGCAAUCGGCUAAAAUACUUCAAUUUUUGGGCCUUCUAGAUCCAGAACCUCACCCGUCUCUUCACUCCCAAGGACCGGAUAUCACGUGGCGUCAACUGAUAUGUACUCUGUUGGGUCUGGAAGACUGCAAUAUUUUCUACGACAAUUUGAAGACUCAAAUUUCUGAACGGACCGGCACCGAUUUUGCGGUGGAGGUGGUGGAAGAACUUGGCCUCCUGGAGGAGACACUUGUGGAAAAGCGCGGCACUCCUUUGGACACUUUGACGCAGUAUUUGUCGAGAAAAUUGGCCUUGGAAAAGAACGAAAGAGAUUUAGUAAUCUUAAGACACGAUAUCGGUAUUAACUGGCCCGAUAAUCGGAAAGAGAUCAGGGGAGUAAAUUUCGUAGUAUACGGCGAUGCGGACGGACACUCGGCGAUGGCCAAAACUGUUGGCUAUCCUACCGCUAUUGCCACUAAAAUGGUUUUGGAUGGUGAAAUUCAAGAACGAGGAAGCAUUUUACCAUUUGCGCCGGAAAUAUAUCGACCCCUAUUGCAAAGGUUAAGGGCGGAAGGGCUAACGAGCUCUGAGACUUCAAGAUUUUUUUAA